UUCAUUGCCAUUUACGGGGUUUACUAUCUCCCGCUCUCUAUUGCUCUGCUCUCUCCAUCCAAAAACCUCACUCUCUUUUUGCCAUUUUCAGUUUCAGGGAUUGAAACAAGAAACAACUUCUGUUUUCGUACUUUAUUGCAUAUUCCUUUUUUCUCCGCACUCUCUUUUUAUCUCCUCUUCUGCUCUGUCUUUUUCACUCCUUCCAAGCUCAACAACAAUGGCACCCAGAGGAAGACCCAGAAAGAGAUUAAGCAGAAUGGACGCAGCAGUUGAUGCUAUGACACCUUUCGGCUUUGAUGAAUUGCUCGUUCGGAAAACAGUGAAUAAACUCCUCAAGGAAUACGAAGGAGAUGAAGGGUGGGAAGGGUGGGCUUUCAUAGAGGAUAGCGGCUACAAGGAGCUCAUUGACGCUAUUCUUCGCGAUCAAGAAGCCAAAGAUGAUGAAGAGCAGCAAAUCCAAACACAAAAGGGUGUCUCCUCACAAGAUGAAAGAGCCGAAGACCCUGCUUCAGAAAGCACCAUUGCUCCCUCGGGCGCUCUUGUUGUUUCCACAUGCAAUGGAGCUGACAAUACUGUAGGAGAAACAGCAUGCACUGAGCUUGUUAAUGCAGCAGGAGAACCAACAUACGAAGAGCUUUGCAGCAACAAACAAGACAUUGGUCGUACUGAAGUAUUUUGUCCCCCUCCAGCUGAAAGAGAUGGAAAUAGAUGGACAGACAUAGGGGAGGAUCAAAUCUUUACACAAAAAGGAUUGGCUAAUGCUGUUUUCAGCAAUGGUGAAAAUCCCCGGAGUAACUCUCAUGUUUCUUCUCCAUCUCCAACUACUUCCUCAUGCCCGGUUAAUCGUCUCAAAAUGAGUUCUGUGAGCCAAGUGAAAUCACGGAGUAACUCUCAUGUUUCUACUCCGCCUCCAACUUCUUCCUCAAGCCCAAUUAGUAGUCUCCCUCCCCCUGCUGAUCGUCACACAACAACUCUUCCUUCCUCAAAGCCAGUUAGUGUUCCACCAAGAAAGCGCGUUCCUUGUUAUGGCUGGAUUGGAAGUGAUGACGAAGAGGAUGCUGACGACUUCAUACAAUUACCACCAAUGAAACCAACUACACCACUGCAGUCACAAAAUUCAAGUGGUGGUACCAAUAAGCAAAUGAAACGCAAAUCAAGGUGGGAUAUUAGACCCAAUGAUCCUUAGUAUCCUCUCUCUAAUGCUCUUUGAUAUCAGUGUAUAGACAUAGUGUAUUGGCAUAGAAGACAUUUUGUUAGUCAAUGCUCAAGUUUUGCAAUAACUUCGAAGCUUUAGUUUGAGUUAAUCAUAUAUCGUAGGUUGGAUAUAUUUCCAACUUGGGCUUGUACUGACUACCCAAGAAACAUGGGAAUUGGGUUCCCAGCCAAAAAAAGACCGCAUACUUUCUGCUGGAUUCUUAAGUUACAACCAAUAAACCAUCAAAGGUAUUUUGGUC